AUGUCAUUUCCUUCAUGGCAGUGCAAGCCUUUCUCAUCGCUGUUCAUCCUUCUUGCUUUCUACCAGUUCCUCUGUGUGCAACCUGUAGGCGCCGCCACGGCCACGGCCUCGACCACGCGACACCCGCCCCCCGGCUCUGUUGACUGCAACGCGAACACGACGGCUUCAACUGAAACAAGCUGCCCGUACCCAAACCAGGAGCAAAUCUACUCGAUCUUCAACAGCCUCCAAGGACUCCAACCCAACUACACGGCCUUUUUCGAGCACGUUGCCGAGAACGUGGAUUGGACGAUCCAAGGCACCCACCCACUGGCAGGACGCUAUCAGAACAAAACAGUCCUCGAGAGUACGUUCAAGCGUAUCACUUCAACCGCCGUGUCUGGCACGUCCUUUGCAGUCUCCAUCAUCCAUAUUGUGGGCGGUGGCUUGGAACAGUGGUCCGUGCAAGAAUUGGAAGUCAAAGGAGUCUGUCAAUCAGGUCUGGUGUUCGACAAUCGGUACGCCUGGGUCACGAGAUGGGGUCCUGGAAGAAUCAUUGUCGAGGCAAGAGCUUACCUCGACUCGGCACUUGUGGCGACCGCGCUCAUCCAGAACGAACUGGGUCAGUUCACAUAUUCGGAUCCCAGACCGGAUAUCAUUCCCUGGACCUCUUUGACGCCACAGGAGCUGGAAAGAGCUACCGGGUUUGACAGCACCGACAUAUAG